ACUCCUUUCUGGCUACUAGCUAGUACCCUAGCUAACCCUUCCCCACUGGUCCUACUUUUUUUUUUUUUAGCACAAAUUUUCAAAGCAUUACUUUGGUGAAAAAUGGCUCUAAAAAAAUUUAGCAAACUUCCUCAUGCAGCAGCUUUGAAGCAGAUUCUGAAAAGAUGCUCAAGCUUUGGGAAGAAGCAUGGCUACAAUAAUGAAGAGGACCUUCCUGAUGAUGUGCCGAAAGGCCAUUUUGUUGUCUAUGUGGGAGAGAACAGAAGCAGAUACAUCAUUCCCAUUUCAUGGCUGGCUCACCCGCAGUUCCAAAGUCUGCUUCAAAGAGCCGAGGAAGAGUUUGGCUUUAAUCAUGACAGGGGUCUUACCAUUCCUUGUGAAGAAGUUGUUUUUAGGUCUCUAACGUCGAUGAUCAGAUCAAGUUAUGACAACUGAAAAUAGGGUUCUUUGGAAAUAUUAAAUAACUUCUGCUAGAACUAGUUUGAGGGAAGAGAUUCUUUGAUCGUAGCCUAUAAUUAGCCUUUCGACAAACUUUUUACUCUCUAGUACGGCUAGCGCGCGCUUUAUGAUAUGUUUGGUUGCUGGAUAAAGUAGAGAGAAAACAUUGCAGUGGGAGAUCACCAUGAGCUUCAAGA